CGGGAGUCCGCGGGGACCGGCGCGCCACGCCGUGACGGGGUACCGUUACGUCUCCGGUCACACACAUCUCGAAGUCGGGCACCGGAGCCGAGCAGUAACGCUACACCGGUGAAGAAGGACAGACUGGACGGUGGUGAUACGGCUCCACGGUGGCGCCUGUCAGGUUCGGGCUAUGGCAUCAGCAAAACUCUACAGGCAGCUGGUGCUCGUCUGUUUUCUGAGCAUUUCAGCGUAUAUCGUGGUUCUGCAGCCGUUUCUACGGGAUCUCGCCACUGAGAAGCGUCGGUCGCAGUGGUCCCCGCUUCGCAGCGACCAGCAUCAGCCGGCCGGCCAUGGGGCGCCACCUGCAGAGGGCGCUGCUGCGGCCAGGCCUGGUCACGGUCUGACUGGCGCCGGCCGGUCUCAUGGUCCAGAUCGGGUACAUAAUUCGGCAGCCCGAGCAGAGGACGUUCGGAUCAGCACAGCAGCUCCUGUACCUCCACUAAAAUAUAUCCUCUACUGGAACGAGUUUUACGGCUCGAUGGAGUUUCAGUGGGGCUCUGGCCAGAAGCCGUUCAUCGAAAACGGCUGCGAGGUCAACACCUGCUUCGGCACAAACAACCGCAAACUUUUGAAGAUGGACCAGUUUGACGCCAUUCUUUUCCACGCCCAGACCCUGCCGUUCUUUGACUGGCCAAAGGUCCGCUCUCCCCACCAACGCUACGUGUUUGUGACCACGGAGUCUGCCCAGUACCUGGCCAUUCCGCUCACGUUCUACAACAACUUGUUCAACCUGACGCUGACCUACCGUCGCGACUCGGACUUCCCCUACCCUUACGGAGGUGUGGAGCCGGUGCCGUCCCCUCCUCCAACCUCGACCCGAAACUACGCCGCCGGCAAGACCAAACUGGUGGCCUGGUUCGUAUCGCACUGUUCAUCGAGAAGUAAUCGAGGAAAGUACGUGAAGCUCCUUCAAAAGUAUAUACCAGUGGAUAUCUACGGUAAAUGUGGCCCAUUGAAGUGCCCGAGAACCUCUGACAACAACUGUCAUAAAACUCUGCUGAACAAUGACUACAAGUUUUAUCUUUCGUUUGAAAACAGCAUCUGCAAUGACUACGUCACGGAAAAGUUGUUUGACGCUUUGAAAUAUGACGUGGUUCCAGUGGUCUUGGGUGGAGCAAACUACUCUUCAUUUGCCCCUCCCGGAUCGUACAUAGAUGCCCUGAAGUAUACACCAGAGGAACUAGCAAAAUACUUGCUCAAGUUAGACAAGGACGACGCUGCUUAUAACGCAUACUUUAAUUGGAAAGGCAAGUAUAAAAACGUGGAGAAGAUUUCAUAUAAAAAGUCGUCAUUUUGUGAUCUUUGUAAAUAUCUUCAUUCAGACAAAACGAAGAUCUACACAAGCAUGCAAAAAUGGUGGGUCAAGGGUCAGUGUAAGAGUUUAAAACUAUAGCUAGACAGUAAAAUGAUAACGGGGAUACCUUGUGUUUUGUUCUAACAUGCCGGAAAUAGAAAUAACGCAAGCAUCAAAGUUGGUAGCAUGAGG